CCGUGGCCAGAGGGCGGUGGAUUGGACGCUCCACCAAUCACAGCCCAGCUCUGGCUUAUAUAAACCCGGGGCCUGAGCAAAGGAGCAUUGCAAAAUUUGCUCUUUGAGUUAGCUUCUCUUUACUUUUCUAGCAGCUUAUAUUCUGGCCAUGUCCGAAACUGCUCCCGCCGAGACUGCUGCUCCGGCUCCCGUUGAGAAGUCUCCCGCCAAGAAGAAGACCGCAAAGAAGGCUGGCGCCGCAAAGCGCAAGGCGUCCGGACCCCCGGUGUCCGAGCUUAUCACCAAGGCUGUGUCAGCCUCCAAGGAGCGCAGCGGCGUGUCCCUGGCCGCGCUCAAGAAGGCUUUGGCUGCUGGUGGCUACGAUGUGGAGAAGAACAACAGCCGCAUCAAGCUGGGGCUCAAGAGCCUGGUGAGCAAGGGCACCCUGGUGCAGACCAAGGGCACCGGCGCCUCCGGCUCCUUCAAGCUCAACAAGAAGGCGGCUUCCGGCGAGGCCAAGCCCAAAGCCAAGAAGGCAGGCGCGGCCAAGGCUAAGAAGCCUGCAGGUUCCACCCCGAAAAAGCCUAAGAAGGCUGCGGGGGCAAAGAAGACCGUGAAGAAAACUCCGAAGAAAGCAAAGAAGCCUGCGGCGGCUGGUGUAAAGAAAGUGGCCAAGAGCCCCAAGAAGGCUAAGGCUGCAGCCAAGCCUAAAAAGGCAGCUAAGAGCCCGGCAAAGCCCAAGGCUGUGAAGCCCAAGGCAGCCAAGCCUAAGGUUGCCAAGCCUAAGACGGCUAAGCCUAAAGCUGCUAAGGCCAAGAAGGCUGUUUCCAAAAAGAAGUAGGUUUGCUUCUGACCGCAACGAAGCCCCAAAGGCUCUUUUCAGAGCCACCCAAAGAGCUCCGUGAAUGUAGCUGUACACACUGACCUAAUCAUUUCAAAAGGUCCCUCCUGUGUUCCCCUUUGGCCAACCAACCGAACACAGCCAUGCGGGCUCCUCUGAAAGUUUUGCCCGUGAAGUCCGAGCCCGACCGGGAUUUCUCUAUGAAGGCGAUGACCAAAUCUUUGAAGGACCGCUAGAAGCGCAAUCGCCGCCAGAGACUUAUUUCCUGUUCGUGUACAGGCGCUGUAGCUGCUACAACCCAGCACGGGCAUCUCUUCCAGUGCCAGAUCCCAAGCACCCCGUGUCUAUACCAAGGCUGUGUAUUUCAAGUCAUUGACACUUUUUGGUGUUUUUUCAAGACAGGGUUUAAAAUGUGUAACAGCCUUGACUAGUGGGAGUCUGUAGACCAGGCUGGCCUCCAACUCAUAGAUCCACCUGCGCCUGCUUCCUGAGUACCAGGAUCAAAGGCGUGGGCCACCACCAUCCGGCUCAUUUACACUUAGGGAGCAUUUGCUUGGUUCUUGCAUUGGUAGCACACAGAUAGUGAAGUUCCUGGAUAACAGUCCUUUUGUUGCUUUAAAGGUUUAUUAAUGUAAUUGGUGUGACAUCCCAAACAGGAUUUUUACCGUAUUUAUUUAACAUUUGGUGGGAUUUAAGCGUUAAAGAUUGUGUAUCGUUUUCACUUUUAAGGUUAGAUUGUUGCCAACAUUAAUCAUCCUUUGUCAACUGUUUCAGGCAUCGCAGCUGGGCAGUCAGAAAUAAGUAAAUACUCUUUAAGAAACAUUCAAGUCACGUUUUCUUUAGCAGUAUAAAUUUUGGGAAGGUGGUUUCUUGCUCAUUCACUGCAGGCUUAAUUUGUGUGAAAUGCCUGAAUGUUAUCGAAGAAGUUAAGUUACAAUGAGUUAAGGCACCCCACAGGCUUAAUUUGAGUCAGAAUUGGUUUCUAGUGUAAACACUGUGCUGGCAGUUUGCAGUUUUCUGCCAAUUUGUGUAUCUGAUCUAGACAGAGCAAAGUAGCCAUACUUGUUUUUGUCGCCAUAUUUUUCUAUGAAGUUCCUACAAUGAAAUUGCUAGCUUCAUUUUGAUGCCUGUGUUUUAUUUGCCUUUUAACAUCUUGCCCCUCUAAAAGAUGAUUUUUUCGAUUACUUAUUUUUAAGGACUGGUCACAGUCCAGACUGACCUCCAACUGAAAGCAGCUCUUACUGAGGCUCAGCGCUGGGAUAGCAUGCGUUAGGAUGCUUGUGCCAUCCUGCCGAGCUGCCAUUAAUUCCACAGGGUUAGAAUUUUCCUUCGUCCACAAUUUAGAUGACUCUUAAAAUUAGCUGUAUGUUCCAUUUAGCUACAUUUUUUUUCUCGUCUGCAAUGUGGGGGAGAAAUUCUAAGCAACAGAGCAGUAUUUCUGAAUGUGGUGCCUUGCUAAAGUUUAAGCAAAGACUCAAAGUGUCCUGUACCCCCAUCUAAAGACCUCAUUCUGGAGAGAUGUUAAGUGACCAGCUUGAGUAUGUUGCAAAUUAAACACCUUAGGUUGUCAACAUGUUUUCAACAAAUAGAAAAUAAUAUAUCCGUGACUAAUUGGUAGGAUGUGAAGGGGCCCCAAAAUAGCUUGCCCACACAGCAGCCAUAACAGGCUUAGGGGCCUAGAAACAGCUUCUGUGACAGGCUUACUGGCAGGCAACACCCAGAUCCUCGAAAAGCCUUAAGCUGACACCACCCAGGGAUCCACC